GAAAAUCUGGAGUAAUCUUGGAAUCUCAGUGCCCAGAAGGUUUGGAGAAAAUUCAGCAAUUAGAAGAUACAAGUCGCUAUCGCCGAAUAGUGGAAGAAGAAACUGUCAUCACCCAAAAACCAACUUUCACCAAGUCAUUACAUAACAUUCAAGUAAUUGAAGGGACCAACAUUCAUUUAGAGUGCCGACUGGCCCCUGUUGGAGACCCCUCCAUGAAAGUAGAUUGGUUCCUCAACAAUGUUCCUAUUAGGAUAGGACAUCGUUUUCGACCAGCACACGAGUUUGAUUACGUCGCACUGGACAUUUUGAGUAUUUACCCAGAAGACAGUGGAGUGUACACUUGUAAGGCCACGAGCAGUUUGGGCCAGGCCGUUACAUCAUGCUCUGUGAACUGUAUUGCGAAAAGCCAGGUUAUACUGGAAUCUCAGCAACCAGAAAGCUUAGAAAAAAUUCAGUACCUCGAGGACACCAGCCGCUACAAGCGAGAUACCUGGGUUGAAGAAGUUGCGAAGGUGAGACCAAAAUUUACUGAUCACAUGCACAAUCUUUCUCUUCAUGAGGGUCAACAGGCACAUUUCGAAUGUCGUUUGGAACCGGUGAAUGACUCGUCUCUAAAGGUGGAAUGGUUUCGUAAUGGAAUUGCUCUUCCGUCUGGCCACAGGUAUCGUCUUUUCCAUGACUUUGGUUAUGUAGCAUUAACUAUUUUGUCUGUGGUACCUGAGGAUGCGGGAUCCUACACUUGUAGGGCUACAAACAGCAUUGGAACAGCGGAAAUAUCUGCCAACCUUAACUGUCAGAGUAAAACUGCAAUAAUCUCAGAAACGCAACAUCCAGAGGGCUUACAAAAGAUUCAACAGCUGGAGUCGUACACACGAUAUACCAGACAAGAAGAAGAAAAAGUCAUAACUCAAGUUCCUGUGUUUGUAAGUCAACUUCAUGAUGUGGAGAUUAAGGAAGGACAGCGAGUUCACUUCGAGUGCCGUUUACUCCCAGUUGGGGAUACAAACCUUAAAGUUGAAUGGUUUCAUAAUGGAAAGCCUAUUAAAAUGGGUACACGCUUUAUUGAGACCCUUAGUUUUGGUUUUGUGGCACUUGACAUUAUGUACGCUUAUCCUGAGGAUGCAGGAACAUACAUGUGUAGGGCAACAAAUGCCCUUGGAGAAGCUGUCACAUCAGCCCAGUUAAGGUGUUACGAAAAGGAUAAAUUGAUCCUUGACUCCCAACAACCAGAUAGUCUGCAGAAGAUUCAACAAUUAGAAGACAGCAGUCGCUAUCAUAAGACUACUACAGUAGAAGAAGCCAUUUCACAAUCUCCAGUUUUUGUACAGCCUAUGAGAAACUUGCAACUCCAAGAAAACCAAAGUGCUCAUUUUGAGUGUCGUCUUAUACCUAUUGGAGAUCCCAAGUUGAAGGUGGAAUGGUUUUUUAAUGGUGUGGCUCUUAUGCAAGCCACUCGUGUCACCACUAUGCAUGACUUUGGAUAUGCUGCUCUAGAUCUGGCCUAUGUGAAACCUGAAGACAGUGGUACAUAUUCGUGUAAGGCAACAAAUGAACUUGGACAAGCUGUUUGUUCUGCCACUUUGACCGUCAAAGGAUCAAGUAACUUGCUGCUUGAAUCUCAACAACCUGAUAGCCUUCACCAGAUUCAAUACCUUGAGGACUCAACUAGACACCAGAGGGAGGUUACGGAAGAAAUGGUAAUCACUAGUAGACCAGUCUUUGUUACUCCAUUGAGAGGACCCACUAAGUUGACAGAAGGUCAGAACAGUCAUCUUGAGUGCAAAAUUGAACCAUAUCCAGAUCCUACAAUGAAGAUUGAAUGGUUUUACAAUGGUCAGAUCUUAAAAACAGCUCAUCGCUUCCGCACAGUGUAUGACUUUGGACACGUGGCCCUAGACAUCUUUUCAGUUAAUGCUGAAGAUUCAGGUGAAUACAUGGUCAAGGCAACAAACUGUUUGGGCACCUCUACCUCAUCCGUCGUUAUUCAAGUAACAGCCAAAAGUGGAUUGAUUUUAGAAUCACAGCAGCCUGACAGUCUGCAGCAAAUCCAAUAUCUGGAAGAUGAAAGUCGCUUCCGCAAAACCACAGUUGAAGAAGUCGUAUAUGAUCAACGUCCAGCAUUUGGACGGCUGCUUCAUGACUUGGAAAACCUGGUUGAAGGACAGAGAGCUCACCUUGAAGCUACACUGACUCCAGUUAAUGAUCCAAACUUAAAGAUUGAAUGGUUCUUCAAUGGCUAUCCGAUUCAACAAGGUCAUCGCUUUAAAACGACAUGUGACUUUGGAUAUGUAGCCCUGGAUAUCCUGUAUGUCUUGCCAGAGGACACUGGUACUUACAUUUGUAAAGCCGUAAACAAAGUUGGUGAAGCUAUAACCACUUGCUCACUAAGAGUUCAGAGCAAGAGUGGAAUAAUCUUGGAUACACUACAUGAAGAAGGCUUGGAGAAAAUUCGAGAGCUUGAAACUUCCUACAUCCCUAAAGCAGAAGAGCCUGUCAUUCAAGUUUGUCCACCUGUAUUCUUAAAACCUCUGAUUAAUCAAGAGAACCUGAUGGAAGGGAAACCUGUUCAUCUGGAAUGUCGUCUUGAGCCUGUGAAUGACCCUAAGUUGCAAGUUAUGUGGUACAUCAAUGGAGUAGAAAUUCAAGCAGGUCAUCGAUUCAGAACAACUCAUGACUUUGGUUAUGUAGCACUGGACAUUCUUUAUGCCAAUCCAGAGGACACUGGUAUAUAUAUGUGUAAAGCAGUGAAUGACCUGGGAGAGGCUGUCUCAACAUGCUCCAUUAAAAUCCAAGGUCGGAGAAAUGUGUAUUUUGAAACUCAACAUCCUGAAGGACUGGAAAAGAUCAGAGAACUGGAAUGUCAGCCCAAGUACCAGUCAGUGGAAGUGGAAGAAAGGCCAGUUUCUAAGCCAUACUUUACACUUGAAUUAAAAGGAAUUACAGAACUUAUUGAAGGCCAGACGGGUCACUUGGAAUGUCGAGUUGAGCCAGCCCAUGAUUCAAAUCUCCAUGUGGAAAUUUUACAUAAUGGCAAACCCCUAGAUGCUGGAUCUCGUUUCCAUGUAACAUUUGACUUUGGUUAUGUUGCCCUGGAUAUCAGACAUGUAUUACCGGAGGACACGGGGAUGUUUACUGUUAAGGCCAAAAACAAUCUUGGAGAAGCCACUAGCUCUAUUAACAUCAGAGUGCAAGCAAAGACCAGUAUAAUUAUGGAUACUCAACAUCCAGAAGGUUUAGCAAAGAUUCAAGCACUUGAGGAUGAAGCUCGACAACGGAGUGAUGUGUAUGUUGAGCCGAGAACCUUCCAACGACCAGUGUUUACAGCUCCUCUGCAUAACUUAGAUGACCUGGUAGAGGGACAAAGUGCACACCUUGAGUGUCGAUUGAUUCCUGUAGGUGACCCAACUUUAAAAGUGGAAUGGUUCUUUGAUGAAAAAUCCAUACAGCCAGGCUCACGUGUUAAGACAACUCAUGACUUUGGCUAUGUGGCUCUGGAUAUUCAGUAUGUACGGCCUGAUGAUGUGGGUGUUUAUAUGUGUCGUGCAUCAAAUGAGAUGGGUGAAGCGGUCACCACUGCCACCAUCAAAGUAGUAAAAACUAAGACCUCAAUUAUAUUAGAAACACAGCAUCCAGAAGGCCUUGAAAAGAUCCAAGAGCUAGAAAAUGCCAGAAAUUUGGCUGCCCCAGAGGUCCCAGAGAAAGUAUUUGAAAAACCUGUUUUUACUAUGCCUCUCACUGGUCCUCCAGAACUGGUUGAAGGACAGCCUGCUCACUUUAAAUGUCGUGUUAUACCUGUUGGUGAUCCUAAUCUCAAGUUUGAGUGGUUUGUGAAUGGAGUAGAACUCAAAAUGGGUACCAGGUUCCAAGUGACACACGACUUUGGGUUAGUGAGUCUUGACAUUAUGUCUACGAUUCCUGAAGAUUCUGGUGUGUAUAUGUGUAAGGCUGUCAAUCUAGCAGGUGAAGCUGUGACCUCAACUUCCAUCAAAGUCCGAAGUCGGCAGGGGGUUCUCGGAGAAAGCCAACAUCCCGAAGCUUACAAAAAAACACAGAAAUUUGAGCUUGAUUCAACUUGUAUUCCUGAAGUCUGGUGGGAUGCCAGACCAGCCACAAGGCCUGUUUUUACAAAGCAUUUGGUUAACCAAGAAAAACUAAUAGAAGGGCAAAAUGUCCGUCUUGAAGGUACUUUAGAGCCUGUAGAUGAUGAGAAAUUAAAGGUGGAAUGGUUUAAAAACAGCAAGACUAUUAUACAAGGCACAAGAAUAAGAACAGCAUUUGACUUUGGUCAUGUGACUUUGGAUAUCUAUGGAAUAAGACCUGAAGAUUCAGGUAUCUACACUUGUAGAGCUGUGAAUGAAGCUGGAGAAGCUGUAUCAACUUGUACUAUCAAGGUUGAAGGUCGUGAAGGGGUCUUAUCAGGAAGUCAACAUCCAGGGAGUCUUCCAAAGAUUCAACAGUUGGAAACUACUUUCAGGUCUGAACCCGAGUUUGUGGAGCCAUCGUAUGAAAGUCCUGUAUUUAUAACCCACCUAAACAACCUGGAGCUUCGAGAAGGAGAGCCAGCACACUUCCAAUGUCAAGUUGAACCAUCAAGAGAUCCAACUCUCAUCAUCGACUUCUUAGUCAAUGGAAAACCUCUCCCGGCAGCCACCAAGUUCAUGGUUAAAAAUGAUUUUGGUUUUGUCACACUGGAUAUUUCUCAUGCUUACACUGGUGAUGCUGGUAUUUACACGUGUCGAGCUACAAAUAAUAAAGGUCAGGCUGUCACUACAGGCUCACUGAAAGUCCAUGCAAAUUUCACUACCCUUCAGAACUGUUGUUAUUCCACUUGUUCCUGUUUAUCCAGAGAUAUCAUCUAUGGAACUCAACAUCCUAUGGGUCAAGUAGGUCUAUCCCGAAUACAAGAAGUGGAAGAAGCCUACCUUAGCAGAUAUCAGAUGCCAGUAGAGGAAGCAGAACAAGAGUUUCCAAAACCUGUGUUUGUUGAACCAUUACAAGCCAACUUCACUGUGAAUGAAGGGGAAGGUCUUCGACUGUACUGUCGCUAUGAGCCGUCUGCAGACCCUAAACUUGCUAUUGAAUGGUUCUUUAAUGGGAAACCUUUAGAACUAGCAUCUCGCUUCACAAGCACCAGUGAUUUUGGGCAAGUCACUCUAACAAUAUCCGAUCUCUGGCCAAGAGACUGUGGUGUCUAUACUUGUCGUGCACAUAACAAGAGGGGUGAAGCCUUCACUUCAACGACACUUCAGUGUGUUGGAAAAAGCUUUAUCUAUGAAGGAACACUUCAUCCUGAAGGAGAAAGAGGGCUUGAGAGGAUCCAGGACUUGGAAGAGUCAUUGGUCAGGCAAUCUGAAGGAGUACUUUUGGAGGAAGAAGGACACCCACCUAUUUUUACAUCUCAGUUCCAGAACUUGACUAACCUCAGUGAAGGGGACAUUGCACACUUUGAGGCAACACUCACACCAGCAGGAGAUCAAACUAUGGUUGUUGAAUGGUUCUUCAAUGAAAAACCACUUAAAGCUGGUCAUCGUAUUCGUACAGUCCAUGCCUUUGGUAUGGUAGUUUUAGAAAUCCUAGGUGUCAUUGCUGAGGACACAGGAAGAUACACUUGUCGAGCAACCAACAAAUGGGGAAAAGCUGAAAUCACUGUUAUCUUAGAGACCGUUGAUCGCUCACGGGGUCAGAAACCUCAUUUCACAACCCAACUACAGAGCAUUGUGGGAUUGAAAGAGGGUGACAGUGCACACUUUGAAUGUUUCCUGGUACCAGUUGGGGAUCCAGCUAUGAAAGUUGAAUGGUUCCAUAAUGGACAACCCCUCAGAGACAGCUCACGCAUCAAAACCCUGAGUGAUUUUGGUUAUGUGGUUAUGGACAUCUCGUUUGUCCAUGUUGAAGAUGUAGGAGAGUAUAUCUGUGUAGCCACUAACAAGUAUGGCUCUGACACUACCCGCUGCAUUCUGGAGUGUGCUGGUCAUGGCAAGAUCUUCAGAGAUUCUUUACAACCACAGAGCUUAGAAAAGAUAGCAGCACUGGAAGGUUAUUCUCAUUACAAGACGUCUAUGACUGUAGGACCAUCAGUUAAUCAACCUCCAAAAUUUCACAGUCAGAUUCAAUCUUUGGUCCAUCUGGUAGAAGGACAAAGUGCCCACUUUGAAGCCCAGUUGUCUCCAGUGAAUGACCCCAACUUAAAGGUGGAGUGGUUCUUCAAUGGCCAACCAUUUAGGCAUGGCCAUCGCUUCAGAACCUUCCAUGAUUUUGGAAUUGUCAUUUUGGACAUCCUUUAUUGCUAUGGUGAAGACAGUGGAGAGUACAUGUGUAAGGCUACAAAUCGUCUAGGCACAGAUGUCACUAAGACUGUACUUAGAUGUACAUCUAAAAGUUCUCUGAUUUUGGAGCCUCAGCUGCCUCCUGAAAUGGCUGGUGGUACUGAGCAUAUUAUUGAACUUGAAGAAGCUUUGUACCAGUCUCGAAUGGAAAUAUCGGAAGAAAUUACACGAGAAGCUCCCCAAUUUACAAAACCAUUAGAUAAUUUGACAAACAUGCAUGAAGGAGAGAGUGCUCACUUUGAGGCUCGGUUGAUACCAACUGAUGAUCCUGAUCUUAAGCUUGAAUGGUUUAAGGAUGGAAAACCACUUCGUGCUGGUACUCGUAUUCGAACCAUCCAUGACUUUGGAUUUGUCGUUCUUGAAAUCAGCCCAGUGUAUCCAGAGGACAGUGGUAUUUAUUCCUGUCGUGCUGUCAACAGAAUAGGUGAAGCAGUCACCACAUGUACUAUGAAAUGUGAAGGAAAACGAGGCAUCAUACUGGAAACCCAGUUACCAGAGGGCAUGGAAACAGGAAUUGAGAAAAUUGCUAGAUUUGAAGAUAUUUCUAGUACUCGUGUAGCAGAAACCUGGAUGGAUAUUGAUAUUUCACAAGCUCCGAAGUUCAUUUCCAAACCCCAGGACAUCUCUCUACCUGAGAACUCUCUGGCUCACUUUGAAUGUCGCCUAAUACCAGUUGGAGACCCGACUAUGAGAGUGGAAUGGUUCCACAAUGGAAAACCUCUUAUUACAGGAACAAGAGUCAGAUCAAUCAGCGAUUUUGGUUUUGUGAUCUUGGAAAUUGCCGGUGUCUACAAAAGAGAUAUUGGAGUAUAUACAUGUAAAGCUGUGAACAGAGUUGGAGAAGCUACUGCCUCUGCAAACUUAACUGUUAAAAGCAAAGCCUCGGUAAUUGUCGACCCACAACUUCCUGAAGACUUCAAAUCAAGUACUAAAACCUUACAGCAUCUAGAAGAAUCUUUAUAUCAAAAGCAGGAGACUGUCUUUGAUGAAGAAAAGCCACAACCUCCUCGAUUUAUCACACACAUACAAGACCUUACAGACAAAGUUGAAGGGGACUUUGCUCACUUUGAGUGUAGACUGGAACCACAGGGAGAUCCAAACCUCACAGUUGAAUGGUAUUACAAUGGACAGCCUUUGAUAACAGGCUCACGUGUUCACACAAUUAAUGACUUUGGCUUUGUUGUUCUGGAGAUUGAUUGGUUAUUCCCACGAGAUGCUGGUGAAUAUGUUUGUAAAGCCGUCAACAGAUGGGGCACUGACUCUACAAGAGCUGUACUGAAGGUUAAGAAUAAAAGGGAUAUCAUCAUGGAGAGCCAGCUGCCUGAGGGAAUGUCUGCUGAUAAACUUCGAGCACUAGAAUAUCCAUCCAUGCAGGAACAGCCUGUGGAGGAGGGCCCUCUACAACCUCCUCAUUUCGUCACGCAGAUCCAACCUCAAGAAAAUCUGAAUGAAGGUGAUGGUGCACAUUUUGAAUGUCAUCUUGAACCUGUCAAUGAUCCCAAGCUUCGGGUGGAAUGGUACCGCAAUGGUCAGCCAUUACGUACUGGUCACAAGUUCAAGACAACUCAUGACUUUGGUUAUGUAGCAUUAGAUGUGCUAUAUGUUUACCCUGAGGACAGUGGUGAAUAUAUGGCCAGAGCCAUUAAUGAUCUUGGUGAAGAUAUAACAAGAACAACCUUGAAGUGUAAAGGAAAGCCAGCUCUCAUCUAUCAAACCCAGUUGCCUAAAGAGAUGGAGGGUGGUGUUCGAAAGAUAGUUGAAAUGGAAGCUGCUUGGCAGAGGGUUGAAGACAUUGAAGAAAUGCCCCAAGAGAGAACAGCACCCAUGUUUGUAAUGAAACCAGAGCCACAAGUGGUGUUAGAAGGAGAUGGGGCCAAGUUCCAGUGCCGAGUCAGUGGAAAUCCCCGUCCUCGAUUGAUGUGGAUCCUGAAUAACCAGAGUGUGAUCAAUGGCUCUCGAUGCAGGCUAACUUAUGAUGGUAUUUUUCACCUUGAAAUUCCUAAAAGCAAACUGUACGAUCAAGGAAAGGUGGAAGUUAUUGCUCGUAAUACUUUAGGGCAGGCUUAUUGCUGGACUACCUUGGAAGUAAAACCACGGUUUGAUGAUUAUCGUGCUGUCUUGAAACACUCUCCUAAGCCAUGGUAUGACUCUGAAGUUAAACGUUAUCAGAAAGAUCGACAAGAGUCUGAACUCCAGCGAGUCUUCGAAGAGAAGUUAACACCUGGUGGAACCAAAGUAGAUGUAUGGAAAACACAAGAGUAUGAAGGUGAACAUGUAAAAAUAAAACAAAGGCUGGAAGAAGAAGACACAAAGAAAAUGCAGCCUGAAGUUAAAAGAUUCAAAACAGAUGCAUUUUAUAUUGACAGUGUUACUGGAGAAAGGAGAACGGAGCAACAAUCUCAAGUAUCGUGGAUGACCAAAUCUUAUCAGGACAAAGUAGAACAUACUGUUCACACCCCCAUGCUUCCUGAAACACUGGUCCAUGGUAAAGAAGUCCAGGUAUCUAAGCAGAAACAGACCCAGCGGGAAGUGAAGGGUGAGUGGGAAGUCACUCGUCACACAACUCUGACAGAAACUAUGGAACAAGAACACAAGGGCAUCACCCAGGAGAGGAAAGUUAUUGGACCAGUGUCUGAAACAAAACCUCCGCUUUUUACCAAGAAGAUUCAACCGUGUCCAGUGGUUGUCGGAGACACAGCUAAGUUUGACUGCACGUUCACUGGUACUCCAACACCAACCAUUACUUGGUACAGGGAGAAUUUCCCUAUUUCUCCUUCCCAGAAAUUUAUGAUAAAAACAACUGACAAGACUUCUACACUUACAAUUGAGAAGGUGUGCAUAAACGAUAGUGGUAUGUUUAGUGUCAAGGCAGAAAACAGAGGAGGCUCUGCCAAGUCUUCAAGUAAUUUGGUAGUGGAAGGUAGA